AUGAUGAUGGAGGGGGAGGGGGAGGGGGAGGGGGAGGUUGUUUGUAAAGAUCCGUUGCAAAUCAUCAAAGGCAAACGUAGCAAACGUCCAAGGCCACCGUCGCCUCCUCUGCCUUUGCAGGUGGCUUCAACCACCACAACCACGACAUUUACUGAAGGUGACGGCGGAGCUGUUGUUUCUCCAACAUUUGUUGACUUAGCAGAAGGGAAUAGUACUGAGCGAGAACAAGAAGAAGAUAUGGCGAAUUGUUUACUUCUUUUGUCUCAAGGUCAAACAAGAAAACCACCGCAUGAACCGCCUUCUUCAGCGGCGCCGGGGUUGUUUGUUCACCAAUGCAAGACAUGUAACCUGUGUUUCCCUUCAUUCCAGGCGCUUGGUGGGCAUAGAGCAAGCCACAAAAAGCCCAAGGUUGACGAUCAUCAUGAAGAUAAUCAUAACAAUCAUAAAGAGUUGAAGUUUGGGAAAGAUGGUGAUUAUUGCGAUGAACUCAAAGACAUGAACACGGCACUUUCACUUCAAAUAACGAGCAAGGCUUCUGUUUCAUGCAACAAAUCAAGGGUUCAUGAGUGUUCAAUAUGUGCGGCUGAGUUCUCCUCGGGACAAGCUCUUGGAGGUCAUAUGAGAAGGCACAGGACAUUAAGUAACGUUCCGACGACUACAAACUUGAUCACUGUCGGUACAACAGAACAGCCUGACAAACCGAGAUGUGUUCUGAAAUUGGAUCUUAAUCUUCCAGCACCGGAAGAUGAUCAUCACAAGGAACCUAAAGUGCUUUCGUUUGCUUCCAAGGGAAAACUACUGGUUUUUUCGUCAUCUUCUUUGGUUGAUUGCCAUUACUAGAAUCAAUGUGGUGUGGGGAG